AUGCUGGAUAAGUUGGAAGAUAAUCAAUUUGUGAAUUGGCAGUUGAUAAAUGCCUAUUACCCUUUCACUGACCAAGGUGAAUGGGAAUUAGGGAAAUUCUUGUUCUUGAAGUUGAAAUGGUUUGACGCUCCAAAUCGUGCAAGACCAUUUUUUACCAUGAAGGAUCACCUCCUAGACUGGAUGGACUCGCUCCCUUCUUUUACCCCAUGGAAAGUCUCCAAGUUAGAGUUCAAAGGCUAUAAGACUGUCCAUCCUGUGGAGCUUGUUUGGUGUGAUGCACUGCAGGUCGUCCAGCAACUCUUUAGCAACCCAACAUUUGCUAACCACAUGACCUUUAACCCCUAUGUCGCCAACAUCAAAAAUCAGCGCGAAUAUGGGGAUUACAUGAGUGCCAAUAUGGCAUGGAAAAUCCAGGACUAUCUCCCAUUGGGUACGACUCAAGUCCCAAUUAUCUUGGGAUCAGAUAAAACUCCUGUGACGCGACUUGCCGGGGGAAUCAAGAUGCACCCGGUCUUCGUCACCAUUGCUUGGCGCUGUGUAGCCUACAUUCCAGUUGUAAAGUUCCGCGUUCAUCAAGAACACCAGUCCAUUCUCCAGGCCAGACUAUGGCAUAAAUGCAUGGACCUUGUUUUUGCAAACCUCAAGGUCACAGCAAAUGACAACUGUUUUAUGCCCGAUCCCUCCUGCUACAUUUGUCAUGUAUUCAUGCCACUUGUUGCUCAUGUGUGCGACCUGCCAGAGGCUACUAUGAUUGCUGCAGUCAGUAAAAACUUGUCCCUGCUAACCAUGGCAAUACAAGCAGAUUUCUGUGAUGGAAUUCUUCACCCCCCUCAUACCGGGAACCACACAUUGGAACUCAUUAAAGCAGCCAAAGCCGUCAAUUUGUCUGGUGUUCACAUGCCGUACUGGUGUGAUUGGAAGUUUGCAUGUCUGUCGGUCUUCCUUGCUGGCGAGGUGCUGCACACCUGUCAUAAGUUUUUUGCAGAUCAUCCGCUAAAAUGGAUCAAAAAGGCUCUAGGAGAUUCUGAGCUCGAUACUCGCUUCAUGGUCCAGUAUAAAGACAUCCAAUGCACUAUCAUUGCGUCAAUUGCAGGGGCCGUUCCACACAGAUUCGUCUGUGCAAUCCGUUCACUCAAUCCAGUUCACUCACCUCAAUCUCUUCAGUCAUUGGUGCAGGCGCUUUCAGAUUUCCACUCUUUCAAGGAUGCUAUCGUCCAGGCUGAGGCAAGGAAGAGGAAGAAGGGUAUCAAAGAAGAUUUUUUCAUCCCGAAACUUGAGCUUCUCCAAAGCUUUGAUGGUACAAUUAGGAAAUUGGGGACUUUGAUGCAGUUCUCUGCAGAUGUGACAGAGUGGUUGCUCAUCACAUAUUGUAAGAACCUUUUCCCGUGGACGUCCCGGCAAAUCAAGGAUUUUACGGAGCAAUUUGUGUGCAUUCUCAACCGCCAAGAGUCUAUGGAAAAUUUUGACCUGUACAUGCUAUUGACUUCUCGUGGGGCGUCACUGGUUAAUGCCAUACACGCCGAAGAUGAAGAUGUCACUAUUGCCAAUCCUGCACUCUCCUGGUCAAUUCAUGGUCCCCAAACUGUCUGUAAUCACUUUUUCAAGGGUAUCCUCUCUGGAGAUGCACUCACCGCUUUUCAACUCAAUGUCACGCUUGAUUACAAAUUGCUGUCACCGUUUGACAUACGCACGAAAUAUGCACUCCUGGACUUCAAUCAUGUGCUCGCUGACUUCAUUUGUCGUUCAUCCCUUGCCAGUGGUGAACAGUCCUGCUUGGACCCCGAAUCCGGACACUUCCAUGUAUGGCACAAGUUCAGAUUGCAGCUUCACUCAGCCUUCCAGCCACGCAUCAUCAUGCCGAGCCAAGUGGUGCAAGCAUACCCUCCAAGUAAUAAUUUUCCCUUGGGAAAUUGUGAUACUGUUAUCAUUGAUGCUAUGGGUAUUGACGGCAAAACGACGAAUUACGUUGCACAAUUGGAACUGCCAUCUUAUCUCUCUGACCCACUUCUCUAUGUCCAAUUUUUCCGCUUUAUUUCUAGUCCUGAUGAUCGCCCCGAACUCGCAAUGUGGACUCUCGAGCGCACGUACAUGCAGGAUGAAAACAUGACACAUGUGACACAUGCAGUUGAAUUGAUACCAGUUUAUGGUGAGGCAGUGGCUAACAGCGUGUCCUCUGCGCCUUGCUUGGAAAGCUACAAGCGUUUCUUUUUGAAUAACUUCACAGACAAGGAGAGUUAUCACACAUUCAGUACCGCAUUUGUGUAG